ACGAAUUAUCAGACGCUCUGGUUUCCUGUGUCAACUAAACUACAACUUGACAUUGGUCGCGAUAAUUAUAAUUAAAUAUGGCUUCACUGACUUUAAAUUCGAUAAAACAAAUAAUGAGAUCAAUGACAAACGCUCCAUGCUUCGAUAGAGUGCUGAGCAAGGUGGACAUUGUGUCUGCCAGUCCAGGGAAGGUGGUGUGUGAGAUGCGGGUAGAGGAGGAGCACACUAACCGUGGAGGGACGCUGCACGGUGGCCUGACAGCCACUGUGGUCGAUGUUAUCUCUACGAUGGCGAUCAUGUACAGUGAGAGAGGAGCACCGGGCGUUAGUGUAGACAUGAACAUCACAUAUAUGAAUGCUGCCAAGAUCGGAGAGGAUGUACUAAUUACAGCUCAGGUCCUAAAGCAAGGAAGGACAUUGGCAUUCGCCACUGUAGACCUCACCAACAAGGCCACUGGGAAGCUCAUUGCUCAAGGCAGACACACUAAGCACCUCGGCAGCAGCUAAACUGGCUCUAAUCUGUGCCUAGUAAGAACAUGUUUGUGCAAUUUAAUAUCUAAUCCAGUCUGUCUGUAAAUAGCUGAAAACACCAAGUGUAAUAAAACAACAAAAGUGGUUGACUCAACUCCAAAAAGACUUUCCUGCUGGUUACUGAAUGACCUGUAUUGUUACUUGUUAUAAGAAUACAUGUUAUCGACAGUUAAAAAGGAACGGUACAUUUUUAUAUCCUCAGAGUCGGUCCUGGCCUCACUGUUGUGUCAAUGAUUUAUGCACGUGCAAUAAAACAGAUGGACAAAGA